UCUGCGGCGCGAGGGCGCGCGCGUCCGGCUCGCCGAAAUUACCGUCACUACGACACGGAACCAAGAGCGGAGGGAAAAGAGCGCGCGAUAUAUAUAUAUAUAUAUACAUUAAACAUAUAUACACACAUAGUGUGCGGUUUCCGGUCCCGUUAACGCGCUCGGGGACGGAGGCAGAGCAGAGCGCGCGCGUAUGGGGUGUCGGAUACGGAGAGCGCCGCGUUGAUCCACGGGAUUGAAGCUCCGCCGCCGCGAGGAUGGAGAACAUCAGGACACCGAAGGUGGAGAACGUGCGUUUGAUUGACAGGCUGACUCCCCGGAGGUCCACCGUGGGAACGCUGUACCUGUCCUCCACACACACCAUCUUCGUGGAGAACUCGGACACACGCAAAGAGACGUGGCUCCUGCACAGUCUGAUCAGCAGUGUCGAUCGCCUCCCGGCCACGCCCACAGGAAGUCCCCUCAUCCUGCGCUGUAAGAACUUCCAAGUGUUUCAGUUCCUGUUGCCACUAGAGAGAGAGUGUGUGGACGUCCAGGAGUCGCUUACACACCUGUCCCGUCCAGAGCGUUAUGGAGAGCUCUUCUGCUUCUCUUACUUGCCCAGUGUGGGUAAAGAGGAGAGAGAGAAGGCCUGGAGUUUCCUGGAUCUGCGUGCCGAUUUUAUCCGGAUGGGAAUUCCCAGCAACCUCUGGCACAUCACUCCGGCCAACCACGAGUACAGAGUGUGUGACACGUACCCCUCGGAGCUGUUCGUGCCGAAGUCAGCGUCUCCCGCCGUAAUCGUGGGCAGCGCCAAAUUCAGGAGCCGAGGGCGACUUCCUGUUCUCUCCUACUUCCACAGGGACACCGGCGCCGCAGUGUGUCGCAGCAGUCAGCCUCUCUCCGGUUUCAGCACUCGUUCUCCGGAGGAUGAACAGAUGCUGCAGGCCAUCAUGAAGUCCAACCCCACCAGCGAGUACAUGUACGUGGCGGACACACGGCCGAAGCUGAAUGCGAUGGCCAAUCGGGCAGCGGGAAAAGGCUACGAGAACGAGGACCACUACACGAACAUCAGACUGCAGUUCAUCGGCAUCGAGAACAUCCACGUGAUGAGGAGCAGCCAGCAGAAACUCAUCGAGGUCGGGGAUCUCAGGUCUCCGUCGAUGGGGGACUUCCUGUGGGGUCUGGAGAACUCCAGUUGGCUCAAACACAUUAAAGCAGUGCUGGAUGCUGGAGUCUUCAUCGCCAAGGCCGUAGCAGAGGAAGGGGUGAGUGUGCUGGUACACUGCUCUGAUGGAUGGGAUCGUACGGCUCAGGCCUGCUCCGUGGCCAGUGUGCUCCUGGACCCGUACUACAGAACCAUUAAAGGAUUUAUGGUGCUGAUAGAGAAGGACUGGGUAUCGUUUGGACACAAGUUCUCACACAGGUACGCCUACCUGGAUGGAGACCCUAAGGAGGUGUCCCCUGUGAUGGACCAGUUCCUGGAGUGUGUUUGGCAGCUGAUGGAGCAGUUCCCCUGCGCCUUCGAGUUUAACGAGCGCUUCCUCCUGCAGCUGCACACACACGUCCACUCCUGCCAGUACGGCAACUUCAUCGGCAACAGCCAGAGAGAGCGCCGGGACCUGAGGAUACAGGAGCGGACUCACUCGCUGUGGCCUUGUCUUUGGGAGAAAAGAUCCGAGUUCAUAAAUCCUCUGUACAGAUCAGACCACAGUCAGACCCAGGGCGUGCUGAGACCCCUGACCACGCCCUACUGCUUCAAAUUCUGGAAAGGCAUGUACAGUUCCGCAGAAAGGGGCAGGGCCUCGCGUCAGUCACCUUCUGAUUGGCUGACCGCCGUGAAGGAGGAGUCGCAGCAGCUGGAGGAGGAGCUUAACACCCACGAGGAGAGACUCGCUCAGCUGGUGGAGAGCAAAACGAGAAGGCUGAAGAAGAACGGAGCGACUGAACGCACGUAUCGGACGCUGCUGAAAGAAACCGAGGUCGGCGACGCUCAGGAUUACUUCACCUGCAUAAGCCAAGGGACAGGAAGCCACGCCCCCUCAUUCACACUACCACUGAAGUCACCGACGACCCCCAAGGCCUGCGACGCUGACGAUCUUUCAGUCUGCAGCGACCUGGAGUCGGGCGUCGCCGACCUCAGCAGCCACGCCUCCAGCUCGUGCGACGAUGCGAAAGACCCACAUCUGGACGAGGCGGCGUACGAGGCGAGCGCUUGACCGGAAAAAAAUAAAUAAUACAUCGUAUAGCUGAUAACGGGACAGUCGUCAGAUUUCAGGAUACAAGGGGUGUUUAUUUCGUUUAUACAGAGCAACAAAACAAAACAUUUUAAUUUAUUUAUGUUAUUUUAAUAUGACUGUAAAUAUUUAUGAGCACAAAGACUUUCUGUGUGAUCGAUUUUAGACCAGACUAACCAUCAAAAACCAUCAAAAACCAUCAAAACCAGUGCAGAUCGUUUAAAUCGGGUGUUUAAUUAACACGUUAAUUAAAGAAACGCUUUAACGAUCAAUCAAGCGUACACAGUUGCUGAAGAUUAUGGAUUAGGAACCAUUACAGAUGUCCACUGGUUCCUACUGGGUUUCAGUGCGUUUCUGCUGGUCUGUAAUGGUUGUUUUUUUUUUUUUUUUACAAAUCGCAUGUGAAUUUGAUGUUUCUUGAUGGAAACCAUUAAGCCGGUUAACAUUAACUGGAAUAGAAACCAACAGAAAAUUUCCAAAUUCCAAAUAUAGUUUUGGGUUUUUGUUUUUUUUCUUUUCCAAAAAGGGAAAACGUGUCAGAAUCACGUCGAGUUAGGUUUCGCUAUGAGGCUAAUAUAGCUAAACUCAUCACACACAGCUAACGCGUAGCGUUCUUUCACAUUUGCGUAAACGUAUUUAUUCAGCGGUGUCAUACAGACGUGCUGAAGCGG